GGCACACCCCGCCAAGGUUUAACUUUCAUUCCAUACAGAGCGAAAGUGUUAACUAGACAUUUACUACUACUAUUCUAAGUUCUUUGUAUUCACUGUAAGUGCGCGUGCAAGGAUGCGAACAAUAACGAGUUGCUUUUUGCGCAAGCUACUCUCGCCUAAGCAAUCGUUUCGGUUGCAAGGACUGUCGCUCCGCCACAUCAGCACCACUGUGCGCGAACACGACCAAAUGCUGCUGAUCAAGGAGCAUCCGCAGCAAUCGGCGAAAGCGAUGCAAUUUCCAGGCAUUUGGCUACGCGAUAACUGCCAGUGUGAGCAGUGUUUCCAUCGGGAUUCAUUGAGUCGCAAACCGAAUAGUUGGACGAACUUCGAUACGAAAGUGAAAGUGCAAAAUGUUACGGUGGAUGAGUCACGACAAGCUGUAAAUAUAGUUUGGUCCGAUCGGCACCGUUCAACAUUUUCAUUGAGUUGGUUAAAGGAACGCGAUUUCUCGUCCGAAGCACGUGAACGAUAUAUGAAUGAAUGGUAUCGGCCGCAAUCGAAGCAUUGGGGUAAGGCUGAUUUUGAUAAGAUAUUGAAAAAGUUUGAUUACUGGGACGUCAUGCGCAGUGACCCGGUUCUUAUGGAAUGGCUGGAGGCCUUAAUGAUUCAUGGGGUUGCGAUGCUCAAAAACUCACCGCUGGAUAUUGGUGUUGUAAAGUCAUUAGCCAAUCGAAUUGGUUUCAUACGCAAAACCACUUACGGUGAGGAAUUCAGCGUUCGCUUUCGCCCAGAUGCGAAAAAUUACUCGUACCUCUCAGAGCCGCUACCGUUGCACACCGACUUGCCCUACUAUGAGUAUAAACCCAGUGUCACCUUCCUGCACACUCUUGAACAAUCGCGCUCCAAAGGCGGCUGGAAUACGAUUGUGGAUGGUUUCAAUAUCGCCGAUCAGCUACGCGUCCACCAGCCGCAGCAUUUCAAAAGCCUGUCAGAAGUUCGUGUCAAUUGGUGUGACAUUGGUGAGGAUGCCGAUAAGGCUUUUCAUAAUAUGUGGCGUGCACCAGUUAUUAACCUAGAUGAGAACGGCAAGUAUGCGCGCAUCAAUCACAGUGUGCCCCAACGUGACAGCCACUUCAGCAUCGAUGUCGAUAAGGUGACGCCCUGGUAUGAGGCCAAUGCCAUAUUUGUACGCAUGGCUCACGAGCAGGAGGUCACCUUUAAAACGGAGCCGGGUGACGUUUUGUCUUUCAACAACCUACGCAUGUUGCACGGCCGCACUGGUUAUGAUGACAGUGAACGCAAUGUGCGGCACAUUGUGGGUGGCUUCGUCGACUGGGAUAUCGUUUAUUCGAAGAUGCGUGUAUUGAAGCGGGCGGCUUUAGCAGGGCGGGUGGAAAAUGUAGCGAUCCACGCGUGAAACAAAGAAUCAAAGGAACGCCAAUUGGACCAGUAUAGACUCGUGCUAGCACAAUUACGCCACUUUAGCUUCUACAAUAUUCACAAUAUUUUUUGCGCUAAUAUUUUUUCUAAAUUUUAUUCUUAAUUUUUUAUAAAAACAUAGUUCAUUGUUUAACUAAAACAUUAUAAAUCAAGUCUUCAAAACUAGCACAAAAUUCACAGAAAUUUAACUAAUUUCAAAGCAUUGCUAUCAAGAUUUUUAACUUUUUAAUUAGAAUCUUGAGACAGUUUCUGGAUACGCGAUUCUAUAAUCCAUCGCUUUUUCAUGUAAUAAAGCGUAAGUUCGAAGUCGCUGGAAAUCACGUAGAUUUUUGCCUAUUUUAAGUAAAUACGAUGUGGAGAAUUUUUCUACCUCCUGUCCGCUGUUGCUAUGAUAGCGAACGCCAAACAUACUUACUAAAUCCUGCCAUAUUUUCUGUUACAAGUUAAG